AUGGCUGUGCUGUCGUUCUCUGACAAGUUGCACGUCACAGUCUACGUCGUGGCCAUUCUGACCGGGCUGCCGUUUAACCUGCUCGCUCUGUAUGCCUUCCUGGGCAGGGCCAGGCGCAAAGCUGGUCCUAAUGUCAUCUUCCUCAUCAACCUGACCAUCUCCGACCUGGCCUUUCUGCUUUUCCUGCCUUUCAAGAUCCUGGAGUCAGUCAAGGGCAGUAUGUGGGUUCUGCCCACCUUCCUGUGCCCUCUGAGCGGCCUGUUCUAUUUCAGUGCCAUCUACAGCAGCAUCCUGUUUCUGACUGCGGUGAGCGUGGAGCGGUACUUGGGAGUUGCGUUCCCCAUCCAGUACAACCUGUACCGUAAGCCUGUUUAUGCACUGUUCAUCAGCUUCCUGCUCUGGGUUUGUGCAUUUUCCCAUUGCAGCAUCGUAUACAUCACCGAAUAUAGGAAGGCCACCAACUCCAGCUGGAAUGAGACCGUCUGCUACGACAGCUUCACCCCCAACCAGCUGGCAGUCCUUCUGCCGUUUCGCCUGGAACUGGGCAUAGUAUUAUUCUGCCUGCCCUGCCUGAUCACCACUUUCUGUUACAGCAGCUUUAUCCGGAUCCUGCUCUCGUCCCCGCACAUCAGCCACGGGAAGAAGCAGCGGGCAGUCGGCUUGGUGCUGGCCACCUUGCUCGUCUUCCUGAUCUGCUUCGCCCCCUACAACAUCUCCCACUUUGUGGGCUUCAUACAGCAGAGUAGCCCCCCAUGGCGGACCGACGCCCUGCUGCUCAGCACCUUCAACACCAGCUUGGACCCCAUCAUCUUCUACUUCUCCUCCAGCGCCGUCAAGCAGACCUGCAGGGGUUGCCUGGGCAGCCUCUCCCGUGAGCUCAGCUCCUUCAGGCCCCUUCAGAUCCUGCUCAGCUUCCUCCGCAAACGCAACAACGCCCUGAGGGCAGAUUCUUUCAACCAGAGCCAGUGCUCCAAACUGUAGGCCCCUGGGGAAACAAAACACUCACUCCCCAUUGCCUCUCCAUUGUGUCUAAGCUCUAGAAUCAACUCUUUAAACCUC